CUUCGAUCCUGUUUGGUUAACUACGUGAACCGCCAGCCAAGUGAACAGAUUGGGCGUGUGAUGUGAAUGUGAAUGCUCUGCCAUGGAUCUCAAGACUGGCUCUCUCCUGGUAGCGCCCGCCGUGAAGAACUCGAGCUGCUCGCAUCCGCGCUACUCCGGCCACAACUUCAUCGCCCACAUCGGGAUCGCGGAGACCAUCGAGGCGGUGCUCAUCCUGGUCCUCACACUGGGCGUCAUCGGCGCCAACUGCCUGGUCAUCUUCGUCAUCAACAACCGCCGCUAUGCGGCCUACAUACACCAACAGCCCCGCUAUCUGCUCACCUCGCUGGCCCUGAAUGACCUGACAAUCGGUCUGCUAAUUACGCCAUUCGGUCUAAUGCCGGCAUUGUUCCACUGCUGGCCGUACGGAGAGAUCUUCUGUCAGAUACAGGCCCUGCUCCGUGGAGCGCUUUCCCAGCAGAGCGCCGUCAUCCUGGUCUGCAUGGCAGUCGAUAGAUACAUGUGUGCCCUGCAUCCGCGGCGCUACUACCAGCACUCCAGCAAGAAGGGCUGCGUGGCCAUACUGAGCUUAACCUGGAUUAUCAGCCUCACGGUGUUUGGCUUUCUGGUGCUGCCCAAAGGUUACUACUUCAACAAUACGGGUCUAAUGGCCUGCGAGCCCUUCUACAGCAAGCCAUCCUACAGGAUACUGUCCACGUGCGCCCUCUACUUCCCCACCACGAUGGUGCUGAUGUACUGCUACGGCUCCAGCUUCCACAUGAGCCGCUUCCGGCUAAACGACCCGACCAUGCCCCUCACGGCCGCCGCCCACCACCCCCAUCCGCACCCACACCCCACCGCCGCCCAGCAGCUGCAGAUGCACCAGCAACACCAGCAACACCAGCAGCACCAACAGCACCAACAGCACCCGCACCACCAGCAGGCGGGGAUGCACUCGCACCUCUACCACGGCCACUCGCACCACCCCAACCACCCCAACCACCCAAGCCAUCCGAACCACCACGGCCACCCACACCACCACGGACCACCGGUGAUGGGCCAUCUCAGCAUGGCCAUGAGCAUGGGACUGGCCGGCAUGCCGAACAUGACAAACAAGAUUACCAAAAAGAUUGUUCCCAUCCAGGAGAAGAACUCCAGCGGCUGCACCUCGCGCUCGAUGGCCGCCAUCUCGCUGGGCUUCAUUGUGAUGGUGACUCCGUGGACGAUUCAGGAGAUAGUCACCGCCUGCACGGGAUCCAAGCUGCCGCCGUUCCUCGACUUCCUGGUCACCUGGACGGCGCUGAGCAAUAGUCUGUGGAACCCGUUCAUGUACUGGCUGCUGAACUCCGAUUUCCGGCGCCUGAGUCGCCAGCUGAUGCCGAACAAAUGCUUCCCCCACGAGGAUACGCCCGAGCACAAAUCAGGCUGUUGUCACAUCAAUGCUAACGAUUUCGAAAUCACAACGCUUCCGAUUCCCCCGGAACCCCCUUCAUCACGUCCUCCGGGCGGAGCAGGAGGAGCAGGAGGUCCAUCCAGCGGAGGAGCCAGCUCUGGCGGCGGAGUGGCCAGUUCGAUAAGCGGCUCCGUCCUGGGGAUCUGCGCCCGCUCGCGGACAAACAGCCUCAGCCGCAGUGCCUCCCAGUACAUCCGAGGCACCAUGGGCGGCGGAGGAGUCCACAACCACCAGGCGACGGAGGCCUUCUCCACCACGCGGCCUGACAUCGAGGGCCUCUCCGAGAAGUACUGGGGCGAGAUCCUGGAGAGAACCGUCAGCUCGGGCAACCUGAACGCCAUGCAGAAGCACCUGCCGCCCCACCUGCCCUACACCCACCACCUGGUCAACCAGCUCCACCAGCCGCAGCAGCACCACCAGCAGCAGACCACCUCCUUCAGCAAGGCCAGCGAUCUGCAGCUGAACCUGAACCUCAGCCAGGCGGCCACGGCCGCCGAGCUGGGCAAGUUCUCCAACUCGGAGCCGAAGCUGUGCGAGCACCUCUUCCACGACGUGAACUGCGCCAAGAGCAAGGCCGCCAACGGGGAACAAGGGGAGUCCUCCGGCAAGCUGGCCUGCGGUCGCAGCAUUCCGGACAUCUAGUACGCCGAGGACGUGAUCCUGGCCAAGAACCAGCUGCUGGCCAGGCAGGCCAAGUGCUCGCACCAUCCGCUGCACCAGCAGGCCAAGACGCGGCUCCACUCCCACACGGGCAGCCUGCGCUUCAGCCGGAUUCGCGCCGCCUGCCACAGUCCGCCGCCGGAGAAGUCCGGCUUUCCCAUGGCCGAGUACCGCAAGUAGGAUCACAGAGCGCAUUGGGGUCGUUGGGCCGUGGAUGCCACGGAACGGGUUUCCACGCAAGGAUUCCCCAGUUUCCCCAGUAUAUGGUAUAACCAUGCAAAGUAUAGGGAGCAUAGGAAGAAUAGGGAGUGAGAGCGAGCGAGUAUCUAUAAGAUUCCAUAGGUGUAUGUGCGUGUGAGUGUCUAUAUAAUACCGCAUGAUCAAACCAUAAUAUGUGUGUUUUCUAUUAGGCUUAAGAUCUAGGAGGUCCUGCGGUCGGGUUUUCAAUUUCAAGUCUCUGAGAUUCGUAAAGUAGCCCAUGGUUUGUGGAUUGCACCCCUGACAAAGGAUUACAAAAAGAUAGCACCCAUCCUCAGAUAAUCCACUUUCUAUAUCCAUCUGAGAACUUCUAUUAGUCAGACUGCUCCUUUCUUUAGAAUACCUGGUCCGGGGGAUCGGAAUUAGCCGAGAUAAGCAGAAGUUAACCAUAUUGUUGUGUGUGUGCGUCGGCUAAAUUAAACGUAGGCUAGAUGGAAAACAGAGAUAUCAGACUUUCCUCUACAGAACCCCCUCGACAUUUGGAACCCCUUCUCUAAAUUCUCCACCUCCUAAGGAUCAAGGAUCAAGGAUCUACGUAGUCUCUGAUAUUGGCGGACCUUCAAGCGUUGUGGUUAAUCAUAGUUGUAGUUCCAUAGCUCGAGUCGUAUCGUAUACCAAAUUACUCACAGUUCGACGAAUCAAAAUCAAAUCCUAACUUUGUGAUUGUCAAGAAUUUAGGUCGGUCUAGGUCGGUGUGGACAUUGCUGUUGAAUCAUUUUUAAUUUGUAGCUAAGUAAUUGACUAGUUAA